AUGGAGGGAGAGCAUGAUAUACAGCAACAGCAUGAAAUAGAAGAUGCUGGUAUAGUGUAUGUAACUGAAAAAAAAGAAGAAAUCGAACAUGAAAAAAACCCUGGAAAAAGCAUACAACAUUCAAAACCAUGUGUUGGGAGAGGACGUGUAUAUUAUGCUAAAUUCAUUUACACAAAUGCAAGAACAUACAAUGAACCAGUUCCCUACGUAGAUCCCAAAAAAGGGCCAGAAAAUCAGGGUGACUGGUGGCCACAUGUUAGAGCACUGGAACCCACCUCCCAACCACCUUAUGACACUAAGAGCACCCAAAGGAGUGACUUCCAAAAGCCAACAUGUCCAUUGGUUUUGCCAGUCAAACACAGCAAGAUGCAAAGGGCUUCCUGUGGAAUAGUUCCACUUGCCUCUCCUGAUGCAUCAGAACUUCAAAAGAAUUUUAUAGAAUGCAUCUCUUUUAUGCAUCAAUAUGACUCCAGGAAAACUCCUAAUGAGCCCAUCCAGGGAAAGAAACAUGGAGCUUUUGUGCAGAGAGAGAUAAAACCAGGGAGUAGGCCAACAGUUCCUAAGGGAACAGAGGUAUUAUUGAAUGCUCCAGGGUCAUGUUCAUCAGAACAGUCCAAAAAAACAGAGAAAGGAAAUUCAGCGGAAAGCAAAAUGAUCUCACCAGGUCACUGCCGACAAAAUUCCCAAGAGCUGUUACAGACUAAAACUCACUUAUCAGAAACAGACGUCAGACAGGCAGCCAAAGCGUGCCCCCAAAGUCCCGAGAGCAGGGAGAAGCAGAGAGCAGAUAUCUCUCCACCAACCAGGGGAGAUGCUGUUCUUACUAGCCAUGCGCCUUUAAAUCUACCAAUAAAAAAAUCAAGAUAA